AUGGGUCCUAAUGAAACAUGCAACGUCAAGUUCUUUGGCCUCUUUAACAGCCUGACCGCUUAUCCCACCUCUGAGGUAUUCAGGGAUUUCCGAGGAGGCGAAUCUGGUCUCAAAACGGAGGGUCAUGAUCCAAAGGAACCAGAGCAGUUGAGGAAACUGUUUAUUGAUGGUCUGAGCUUCGAAACUACAGAUGAUAGUUUGAGAGAACAUUUUGAGAAAUGGGACACACAGACAGAUUGUGUGGUAAUGAGAGACCCCCAGACAAAACCUUCCAGGGGGUUUGGUUUUGUGACUCACUCUUGUGUUGAAGGGGUGGAUGCAGCAAUGUGUGCUCGACCACACAAGGUUGAUGGGCGUGUUGUGGAACCAAAGAGAGCUGUUUCUAGAGAGGAUUCGGUAAAGCCUGGUGCCCAUCUAACAGUGAAGAAAACUUUUGUUGGUGGUAUUAAAGAAGAUACAGAGGAAUAUAAUUUGAGAGACUACUUUGAAAAGUAUGGCAAGAUUGAAACCAUAGAAGUUAUGGAAGACAGGCAGAGUGGUAAAAAAAGAGGAUUUGCUUUUGUAACUUUUGAUGAUCAUGAUACAGUUGAUAAACUUGUUGUUCCAAAAUACCACAGUAUUAAUGGGCAUGGUUGUGAAGUGAAAAGAGCCCUUUCUAAACAAAAGGUGCAGUCUGCUGCUGGAUCACUGAGAGGCCGUGGAGGUGGAUCUGUCAACUUUAUGGGUCGUGGAGGAAACUUUCGAGGUGGUGGAGGUAAUUUUGGCCGUGGAGGAAACUUUGGUGGAAGAGGAGGUUAUGGUGGUGGUGGUGGUGGUGGUGGCAGCAGAGGAAGUUAUGGAGGAGGUGAUGGUGGCAACUAUGGUGGUGGUCCUGGUUACAGUAGCAGGGGAGGCUAUGGUGGUGGUGGACCAGGAUAUGGAAACCAAGGUGGUGGAUGUGGUGGUGGAGGAGGAUAUGAUGGUUACAAUGAAGGAGGAAAUUUUGGAGGCAACUAUGGUGGUGGUGGAAACUACAAUGAUUUUGGAAAUUAUAAUGGACAACAGCAAUCAAAUUAUGGGCCCAUGAAAGGGGACAGUUUUGGUGGGAGAAGCUCAGGCAGUCCCUAUGGUGGUGGUAAUGGAUCUGGUGGUGAAAAUGGUGGAUAUGGUAGCAGAAGGUUUUAAAAACAGCAGAAAAGGGCUACAGUUCUUAGCAGGAGAGAGAGCAAGGAGUUGUCAGGAAAGCUGCAGGUUACUUUGAGACAGUCAUCCCAAAUGCAUUAGAGGAACUGUAAAAAUCUGCCACAGGAGGAACGAUGAUCCAUAGUCAGAAAAGUUACUGCAGCUUAAACAGGAAACCCUUCUUGUUCAGAACUGU